AUGAAGGAUUAUUCUAACACUAUCGCUUUUCUGGGCCAGUGGGGACGUUUCCAGCAGGUCGUCUUCUUCCUGCUGUGUGCCAGCAUCGUGCCCAAUGGAUUUGGUGCUUUCAGCCUUGUUUUCCUGACCGAUAUCCCGAGUCAUCACUGCGUUAUUCCUGACAACCUUACCGAAGACUGGCGUAAAACCAUCAUACCAAUAAAGGUGGUGAAUGGGAAACAGGAGCUGAGCCGAUGCAGCAGGUACAGGCUGGAUGUGGUCAGAAAUCUCUCUGCUCAGGGAUUCAUUCCUGGCAUGGACGUCAACCUCACUGACCUGGAGCAGGAGGGCUGUGUGGACGGGUGGAGCUACAGCAAAGACAUCUACCAGUCUACCUUAGUCUCUGAGUUUGACCUGGUUUGCAGUGGGCAGUGGAAGCAGCCGUUGACCUCCACAGUUUACUUCCUCGGAGUUCUUUUUGGAUGCUUCUUCUCAGGACAGCUGUCAGACAGGUUUGGAAGAAAACCUGUUCUUUUUGCAACCAUGGCAGUUCAGACAGUUUUUACCUUCAUUCAAGUCUUCUCUACCUCUUGGGUCAUGUUCACCGUCCUCCUCUUCUUCAAUGGUUUGGGACAGAUGUCCAACUUUGUAGCUGCUUUAGUUCUGGGCGCUGAGACUUUGACUGGCGAUGUACGAGUCCUUUACUCAUCUAUGGGCACAUGUUUAGGCUUUGCUGUCGGCUACAUGAUACUACCUCUCGUCGCUUACUUUUUAAGGGACUGGCGAUACCUCCUGUUGGCUUUGGCUGUGCCUUGCCUGCUCUACUUCCCACUCUGGAGGUUCAUCCCAGAGUCUCCUCGGUGGCUGCUCUCUCAGGGCAGAGUGGACGAGGCUGAGGCCAUCGUGAGAGAGGCGGCUAAGUGGAACAAAGUUCAGGCUCCGAAGGUCAUCUUUGAAGAUUACAGGGUUUUUAAGACAAAGGCACAUUCUAAAAAACGCCACAAUGUCGUGGACGUGCUGAAGAACGGCAGCAUCAGAGUCACAACCCUCAUCCUCUGCUUGGUGAGCUUCUCUGCAAUCACUGGAUACUACAGCCUAUCUUUCAACACAUCCCAACUCCAUGCUAAUCCCUACAUGAGCUGCUUCAUCUCAGCAGCUGUAGAGGUACCAGCUUACAUUUCCAGCUGGCUGGCUCUGCGAUACCUUCCACGCCGACUGUCCGUCAUCGGUUCAUUGCUCCUUGCAGCAUUGCCAAUGUACCUUAUUCAACUGGUGCCCCAAAGUCUACCACAUCUGUAUAUUGCACUGGAGAUGUUGGGUAAAUAUGCUAUAACCACUACCACCUCCCUGAUGUUUGCCUACAUGGCAGAGCUUUACCCAACAGUGCUCAGGAACACAGCGACAGGGAUAUGCACUACUGUUUCCAGAAUAGGCAGCUGCAUUGCUCCUUUUUUGUUAAAGCUGAGUCUUCCUUAUAUUAUACUGGGGACUCUGGCGGUUUUGUCUGCCUUUACUGCUUUCUUCCUUCCAGAGACUUUUGGAAAACCUCUACCUGAAACUAUGGAAGAGAUACAUAAAAGAGAAAGGAUAAAGUGUCCAUGCAUCACUGGAAAAGAAACCCCAAUACCUGUGGCACUACUGGACAGUCCUCUGUGAUUAUCUAGCACCUUAUUGAUGCAGGUGAUAUGUUGAUAUUGCUAUUGAAGUACUGUUUACAUAUCUUAAUAUUUUAAUUAUAGACAUUAGAAUGUAAAGGUGGAAUUAAAUCAUGGAUUUCUACAUGUGGCCGAUUUCAAGGAAUUUCUUUGUCUCAUUUUGACAUUUGCACAUACAUGUGUUGUCUUAAAUGGGGAUGAUGAAUACAAAAUACUCGGUCCAAGCUGCCGAUUAAGGUUUUAUGUGUCUGGCAAAUCUUACAUCUCAAAUAACCCUGUUACAAAAUGUAUUUUGAAUUUCAUGCGAUCAUGCAUGAUUGCUACAGGUUUGAUAUCCUUAAAGGGGUAAAAAGUAAAAACACACAAGACAAAAGUGGCAAGCUUUGCAUAUUUGUUGUGGAAAUCUGACACAAGUGACCAGUCAAUGAGCUUUUGCAUUCAAAUGUUCUAGCAUUUGUCUAAACUGAGACACUUUCAGUUACAACUAGCAUAAAUUGACUUGCUCACUGUUUACACAUGUUUGUAUCCCUGGCAGUUAUGGCUAAAAUAUUAGAGAUUAGUGUCUCUUGGUGCAAAAAUUGCUUCAGAAAUGUUUUAUAACUCUGUAACUCUGCCUGUUUAACUUUUGCUUUAGCAUGCAUAUUUAUCUAGUACUGGGUGUAGCAUGCUGACAGGCGAAGGAAACCGGUUUGAAUUUUUCUGUUGCUUUACAAGUGCAGUAGUCUGUAGGGUGUGUGUGUGUGUGUGUGUGUGUGUGUGUGUGUGUGUGUGUGUGUGUGUGCGUGUGUGUGUGUGAUGCUGCAUGGUUUAGAGAGGCGGAGAAACUCCCAGUCAUGUAACUUGAAUACAUGUGUAAUUAAAAACUAUGCUAUUUUCAUUUUGACAGUGAACAGCACAAAAUUCUCACUCAACCAAAGUUGCAAGAUUUGCAUGUGUGUUGUG